AUGAUUAUCGGUCUUAAGCUUGGCUUGGCCGGUCUGCUUGGCGCUGCCGCCGUCCACGCCGCCCCGGCUCCCACUCGUGCAUCUGAAAUUGAGCAGCGCUCUUCCACUUGCACUUUCUCCGGCUCCAAGGGUGCCGCCUCUGCCAUCAAGUCCAAGGCUUCUUGUUCGACCAUCGUCCUCUCCUCCGUUGCUGUCCCGGCCGGAACUACCCUUGAUCUUACUGGUCUGACAAAGGGAACGACUGUCAUUUUCGAAGGUGAAACCACCUUCGGCUACAAGGAGUGGUCCGGUCCCCUGGUCUCGGUUUCCGGAACCGACAUCACUGUCAAGGGAGCAUCCGGAGCUGUCCUCAACGGCGAUGGCUCCCGCUGGUGGGACGGAGAGGGAACCAACGGCGGCAAGACCAAGCCCAAGUUCUUCUAUGCCCACAAGAUGAUCAGCUCUACGAUCGAAGACAUCUACAUCAAGAACUCCCCUGUCCAGGUUUUCAGCAUCAACGGUGCUAGCGAUCUCACUCUGAGCGGUAUCACUGUCAACAACGCCGACGGUGACGCAAACGGUGGCCACAACACCGAUGCUUUCGACAUUGGCGAGAGCACCGGUGUCUACAUCACCAACCCCACCGUCCACAACCAGGACGAUUGCUUGGCCGUCAACUCUGGCUCGGACAUCUCCUUCACUGGAGCUUCUUGCACCGGAGGACACGGAAUCUCCAUCGGAUCUGUUGGUGGGCGCUCCGAUAACACCGUCGAUAACGUCACCAUCGAGAACUGCAGCAUCAAGGACUCCCAGAAUGGUGUUCGCAUCAAGACCGUCUACGGAGCCACCGGUUCCGUCAAGGACGUCACUUACAAGGACAUCACUCUUUCUGGAAUUUCCAAGUACGGCAUCGUUGUUGAGCAGGACUACAAGAACGGCAGCCCCACUGGUACUCCUACCAGUGGUGUCCCUAUCACCGGCCUUACCGUGAGCAAUGUCAAGGGUACUGUUGAGAGCAGCGCGACUGAUAUCUACGUUCUGUGCGCCUCUGGUGCUUGCUCUGACUGGACUUGGAGCGGCGUCAGCGUCUCCGGUGGAAAGAAGAGCAGCAAGUGCAAGAACGUUCCCAGCAGCGCUAGCUGCUAG